GCCGCCUUAACCAGCCUCUUCUUCCCGCAGACAGCAGCUGAAUCAGCACUUUGGUCGUGGUGCGGUUGUUGCUAGCUGCUAAUGCUAACGGCUCACUUGGCUUCCCGCCAAUGAAUGACAUUUAGCAUCACUAGCAACUAGCUCACUAUCAUCACUAUAGUAACUAGCUCACUAGCUUCACUUUAGCAACUAGCUCACUAGCAUCACAAGCAGCUAGCUCACUAUCAUCACUAUAGCAACUAGCUCACUAGCAACUAGCUCACUAGCAACUAGCUCACUAGUAUCACUACAGCAACUAGCUCACUAUCAUCACUAUAGUAACUAGCUCACUAGCUUCACUUUAGCAACUAGCUCACUAGCAUCACAAGCAGCUAGCUCACUAUCAUCACUAUAGCAACUAGCUCACUAGCAACUAGCUCACUAGUAUCACUACAGCAACUAGCUCACUAUCAUCACUAUAGCAACUAGCUCACUAGCUUCACUCUAGCAACUAGCUCACUAGCUUCACUAUAGCAACAAGCAUCACAAGCAGCUAGCUCACUAUCAUCACUAUAGCAACUAGCUCACUAGUAUCACUACAGCAACUAGCUCACUAGCAACUAGCAUCACUAUAGCAACUAGCAUCGCUAGCAACUAGAUCACUAUCAACACUAGCAACUAGCAUCACUAGCUCACUAUCAACACUAGCAACUAGCAUCACUAGCAACUAGCUCACUAGCAUCACUAUAGCAACUAGCAUCACUAGCAACUAGCAUCACUAUAGCAACUAGCAUCACUAGCCACUAGCAUCACUAGCAACUAGCUCACUAGCAUCCCUAUAGCAACUAGCAUCACUAGCAACUAGAUCACUAGCAACUAGCAUCACUAACAUCAUAAUAGCAACUAGCUCACUAGCAUCAUAAUAGCAACUAGCUCACUAGCAUCACUAGCAACUAGCAUCACUAGCAAUUAGAUCACUAUCAACACUAGCAACUAGCAUCACUAGCAACUAGAUCACUAGCAACUAGCAUCACUAGCAGUUAGAUCACUAUCAACACUAGCAACUAGCAUCACUAGCUCACUAGCAUCACUAUAGCAACUAGCUCACUAACAUCACUAGUAACUAGCAUCACUAGCAAAUAGAUCAGUAUCAACACUAGCAACUAGCUUAUUAGCAUCACUAAAGCAACUAGCUCGCUAGCAUCACUAUAGCACCUAGCUCACUAGCGACUAGCUCACUAGCCUCACUAUAGCAACUAAAUCACUAGCACCACUAUAGCAACUAGUUCACUAUCAACACUAGCAUCACUAGCUCACUCGCAACAUUGCUCAUUUAUUUUUGUAGUCAAUUAGUCAAUUGUCUACUUCUGGAGGGAGUAGAAUGGUCGUGGAGGGGCCCAUACAGCUUGUAUGCCUCACAGCCAGCAGCGGGGUUCCCCUUUUCACCAGGGGGGCCUCCAGGCAGCUCCCCUUCUCCAUCAUUGGCUCCCUGAACGGGGUGCACAUGUUUGGCAGCGGACACGGCGUGCUGCUGUCCAGCUGUGAGACUGAAGGAGGUGAAAAGGUGGUGUGGCGAGUCUUCCAGGACAGCGUGAUGCUCAUCGCCACCAGCGCAGGCCAGCAGGCGGGCAGCAGUAAAGGGCAGCCGCUACACCUGCAGCGCCUGCUGGAGAACGUGUGGAGCUGCAUGGUGAUGGUGCUGGGCCAGGACGAGUUGGCCAACGUGAGGAACGUGGAGCGGCUGAAGAAGGACCUGCGCGCCUGCUUCGGCCUCAUCGAUGAGCUGCUGGAGGACCGGCGGGACGGCGUCCUGGGCCUGCUGACGCACUGCACCGACUGCCUGCUGCCGCCACUGCCGCCGCUCCUUCAGGAGGCCCUGCAGGGUUUCGCCGCGGCGGCGGACAGCGAGUUCGGCUGCCUCCUCGUUCACGGACGGGUCGCGGCCGCCACGGAUAUGUGGUGGCGCCUGGCCCCGCAGGAGAUAGUGCUUCUCUCCGCGUUGAUGCGCUCGCUCUCGGACUCGGCGUCCGCCUCCUGUGAUUACCCCGUGUUUCUCCCUCAAGGCAGCCCCAUCGUGGCGCACCGCCUGCUCCGCUUCCGGCUGCUGCCUGGUGCUGACGUGUGCGUGCUGUGCGGGCCCACGCCCUCCCUGCACCACGCCGAGAGCGGCCUGGUGGGUCGCUUUUGGUCGCCCCUGGUGGACACCUUGAGAAAUUGCCUCGCCGUCGGGGAGCGCUGCCUCCCGGCGUCCGUAUCUUUACGGCCUGACGUCUUAGCCUUUCUCCUCAUCAACCGCGAGAACCGGCGCUCAGUCUCCAGCGUGCUGCACCCCUUGUGUCCUCACCUGCAAGAUGGUCCCACUUUACCCUCGAAAACACGCUGCUGGGAACUCCUGAAGCUCUUCUACAUCCUCUGCAUGACGCGCUACUUCAAGCCAAAGGAGGAGACGGAGGAGGGAGCCCACACAGAGGACUUCAUCCAUGGACUCUCCCACCAGCCACUGCAGUGCUAUUUGGUCACAGACGAGUGUAAAAGCUUUGGACUUCAGACGCCACAACAUCAGCUUUUCCUGCUCUUUCCUCUGGCGGUGCCGACAUUCGCCCUGCACACUGUCGCCGCACACACACUCUCUUCCAUAACGACAUCUACUUUCUUCUAAUGAUGCCUUUUACCAAGACCAAGGCCAAAAAGGGCUUCAUGUUUUACAGUUCUCACUUCUCUUCUGUUCUAGAGCAGGGGUCGAGAACCUUUUUGGCUGAGGGAGCCAAAAGGACAAAUAUUUUAAAAUUGUGGAGGGGGCGUAGCCUGCUGGCCUGCAGCGAACUGGGGUGUGCCAGGACCGGCCUCGAAAUCAGCGACAGGUGCGUAGAUGGCCCACCUGGGCCUUGUUAUCUAAUCACCUGUCGCUCUGUUAUACGCAGCAGCCAGGAGGAGAGACUGGGUUGGGGCUGGAGCCAGAGCGCGAGCAAAAACGAAAGAGAAAAAUACAAUUGCUGGAAAGCAACUGAGAGACUUAUUGAAAAAUAAAACAAUAUUGUAACCCUGAAACAGGCUCUCAUGUUGGUCUGACAAACCCCAGGAGGGCAAGCUCCACACUAACCAAGAAUAAAUGAAUAACUUCUUAACCAUCAACGCAAAUUCUUGAACGGGUGCGGUAGAAAACAGAUGGAUGGAUUAAAAAUGCAUGAGAAUGUUUUAUAUUUUGAACAUUAUUUUUAACACUGUGAUUACAAGUGGAAUCAUUCAUUACUUGUCAUAUUAAGCAACGUCAGCUAAGAUUUAUCCGAGAGCCGGAUGCAGGCAUCAAAAGAGCCACAUCUGGCUCGCGAGCCAUAGGUUCCCUACCCCUGUUCUAGAGCAUGGGUGUCAAACUCUGUCAAACUCUUUUCCCGGGAGACUCCCGAAGUUCAGUGCCCCUCCAGAAAAUCUCCCUGGGCAACCAUUCUCGUGAAUAUCUCCCAAUUUCCACCCGGACAACAAUUUUGGGGGCCGUGCCUUAAAGGCAAUGCCUUUAACGUUCUCUACAACCUGUCGUCACGUCCGCUUAUCCUCCAUACAAACAGUGUAAGCCUCACUCAAUAAGCAGCUUGUACACACUCAUAAGUGAAUGCCAAGCAUACUUAGUCAACAGCUAUACAGGUCACACUGAGGGUGGCCGUAUAAACAACUUUAACACUGUUACAAAUAUGCGCCACACUGUGAACCCACACCAAACAAGAAUGACAAACACAUUUCGGGAGAACAUCUGCACCGUAACACAACAGAAAAAAUACCCAGAACCCCUUGCAGCACUAACUCUUCCGGGACGCUACAAUACGCGCUACCACCUAAAAGGUUAAUUUGUUCAGCCUUGGCCCGCGGCUUUGUUCAAUUUUAAAUUUGAGUUUGACACCCCUGUUCUAGAGAAUCAAGGAAUGGGCGAUGUAUCAAUUUUAUCCAUGAGUUCAUGUUUUUGAAUGCAGACGUUUUUAAAAAUCAAAAAUCGAGGUUUUUUUCCCCCUCUUCCUUAUACUUUUUGCCCUCGUGAGCUUCCGUAGUCCUCGCCCGCCCUCUUGUUUACUCGGCUAAAAGGCAGCGUUCGUUGGUGGCCUCAUUGACAGAAAGUACCAUGUAUGAUGCUACUAGAAAACAAAAACGACGCACCGAAAUCCAAACCAGACAGCUCAGACGUGCGUGUGCUGCUGCAAAUCUUUCAUGAAAUUAUUCCAUUUUUCCAUCAUCAAUAGUGAUAUAUAUUACAUGUGGAAUACCUUGUCUUUAACAUCAGUACACACUAACAAUUAGCCCACUUACUAAAACUAUAUUAGUCAUCCUAAUGUUUUACCUGAUCUUUUAUUAGCAUACUACAUUUUUAUUCACAUCAUUAUUUUAUUCAAAAAGGAAGUUUUACUUUUACACUGUAGUGAUAAGAUUUCUGUUACUAUUUAUUGGACUUUAUUUGCAACAUAUUUUUGUGAACAGAAGUAUUUUAAUCAACACAGAUGCUCGAAAGUUGUCACUAUUAAUCUAAAUGUUGGAUAUUAUUAAUGGUGUACAAUGCUACAUUUUUGUUUACAGAAGUAUUUUAUUUAAGGCAGAAUUAUUGCCUCCCAGAGAAAGCUCCUUGGUUUAGUUAUUUGAAAAUAUUUGCAUGAAAAGUACUGUUUAUAUUUGGUACAGAAAGAGAAACAUUAUACAAAUUAGAAUUUUGUUAAGAGUAAGUUACGGCGUAUUCUUUGCUAUUUCCAUUCACUAGUUGUUGAUCAAAUAAAAGAAAAACUUGUUUUUGAA